AUGCCGCUGGAAAACCUGGAAGAGGAGGGUCUGCCCAAGAACCCGGACCUGCGGAUCGCUCAGCUCAAGUUCCUGCUCACGAUGGAGGGCCACAGGCAGGAUCCUAACGUCAGGACCGAGCUAAUGGAUGCUAUCAAAGCUAACAACAUGGCUCCUUAUUACGAGGCUCUUUGUAAGGACCUGAAGUGGCAGCUGGACACCGACCUGCUCAGCAAAAUGAAGAAGUCGAACGAAGAGGAGCUGAAGCGCCUCGAUGAUGUGCUGGAGGACGCUGAGAAAAACCUGGGAGAGAGCGAGAUACGAGACGCCAUGAUGGCCAGAGCAGAAUACCUCAUCAGAAUCGGGGACAAGGAGAGUGCCUUAACCGCGUUCAGAAAGACCUACGACAAGACUGUGGCUCUCGGACACAGACUGGACAUCGUCUUCUACCUGCUGAGGAUCGGCCUCUUCUACAUGGACAGCGACCUCAUCACACGCAACUCUGAGAAAGCCAAAAGCCUGAUCGAGGAGGGCGGGGACUGGGACCGGAGGAAUCGGCUGAAGGUUUACCAGGGGCUGUACUGCGUCGCCAUCAGAGACUUCAAACAAGCGGCCGAGCUCUUCCUGGACACGGUUUCCACGUUUACGUCGUACGAGCUCAUGGACUACAAGACCUUCGUCACGUACACCGUCUACGUUUGCAUGAUCGCACUCAAACGCCCAGACCUGAGAGAAAAGGUGAUUAAAGGGGCGGAGAUCCUGGAGGUGCUGCACAGUCUGCCUUCUGUUCGUCAGUAUCUGUUCUCUCUCUACGAGUGCCGCUACUCGGUCUUCUUUCAGUCCCUAGCGACGGUGGAACAGGAGAUGAAGAAGGACUGGUUGUUUGCGCCUCACUACCGCUACUACGUGCGGGAGAUGAGGAUCCAGGCGUACGGGCAGCUGCUGGAGUCGUACCGCUCCCUCACGCUGGGCUACAUGGCCGAGGCGUUCGGGGUCGGCACAGAGUUCAUAGAUCAGGAACUUAGUCGCUUCAUCGCUGCCGGGCGUCUUCACUGUAAAAUUGAUAAAGUGAAUGAGAUCGUGGAGACAAACAGACCCGACAGUAAAAACUGGCAGUACCAGGAGACCAUAAAGAAGGGAGACUUGUUGCUGAACCGAGUGCAGAAGUUGUCCAGGGUCAUCAACAUGUAG